AUGGGUUCCAGCACGAGGAAGAAGAAGGAGAAGCAGCAGGAUUUCCAGAAACCAAAAUUCAAGGUCGGUAAGGCCAAGGCCAAGGCUUCAAACUUUACGGACACGAGCUUCAAGUCAAGAGCCAUCGUCAUGGGCCAUCAGUCCCUGUCAGCAACGGCUCCCGAUGUCGCACAGCAGUUCAGGCACAGCCUAUCUCUGGCAUCUUCGUCCAAGUCGGACAAACAGCGCCAGGAAGGCCUCGCCCACCUCAUCAACCAGCUCAGCUCGGAACCCCCCGUCAACCCUGUGGGGACGCAUGCCCUCCUAACAAAGCUGCUCCCUCUCGUAGCGGACAGCUCGACACCUGUGCGCGGCAAUCUCCUCAAGCUCUUCCGCCUGCUCCCCGCAGAUCAGGUCCGGUACGACGUCGAGCAAGCCGCCAUGUUUGUCCGCGCGGGCAUGACCCAUCUGUCCGCCGACGUCAGCAACGACGCCAUCGGCUUCUUGGACUGGCUGCUUGCCGCCGCGGGUGAAGACCUCGUCUCGUGUCCGGGGGGCUGGGUCAAGACCCUCAACACCUUCUGCGCCAUACUCGGCUGGGCGGUGUCGGCGGGGAAGGAUGGCUGGUCGUCUGGUGGUCGGAGCAUGGGCUCCAACAGGAGCAAAGCUUCCUCGGCACAGGCUCGUACCAUCGAUUCACUCACCACCUUCCUCCGCGCCGGGUUUCUGGUGGAAGAGGAGCCGGCAUCUGAUGGAGAUGAGGUCUGGAAGCAGCUAUACAUGGUGCCGCGGGAUCCCAACGCGUUUGCGUAUCUCAACCUCACCGGACAGCGGAGGGACGAGGACGGUGAGAUGUACGCUGACAGAGAGUCACGGCAACGUGUGUUCCACAGGAGGUUCUACGGCCCCAUCUCAAAGGGAGCGACGGCGCUGAAGAAGGAGGGGGGUGCGCCGGGACGAGCUACCACCGUGCUGGACCAGCUACUACACAGUCCGCAGGGGAUGGGUGACUACGAGCCUCAGGGGGCCGUGGAUACUGAGGAUCUUCUGAGCCUGUGGUAG